UCCACUUUUUCUUCUCAUCCUUUUCAUAUUCAGUCAGCUCCAGAAUGACCUUAAUGUACACAUUCACACUUUAAUCUUCUUCAUAUUUAUAUGCCAUCCUCUAUUUAUCGAUAUGAGACCAUUCAAGUCGCCGGUCGUGGAGCUUUCGGUCUUGUUGUCAUUGCAAGAGAUACCCUGACUUCGAAGCGAGUUGCAAUAAAGCGAAUAAUGGUCCCGAAUGUUUCAAAAGUGAGUUUAGCCCGAGAGAUCAGCUGUCUUCGGAAUCUACAUCAUCGUAAUAUUUUAAAAUUACUUGAUUGUUUUCCAUCUGCCGAUCUGAUGUCAAUUGUUACCGAGGAAGUACCGUAUACGUUAGGGGAUAUUAUUAAAGACAAAACACGACCAAAGACCGAACAGUUUAAUAGAUGGUAUUACACACAAAUUUUAUCAGGAAUCGCCUAUCUUCAUUCGAAAGAAAUAAUGCACAGAGAUAUUAAACCGGAGAAUAUUCUAGUCACAUCUCGCAAUGUGGUGAAAAUUGCAGAUUUUGGGCAAGCAUGCUUCUACAUGCCAAAAGAUCCAAAUCAAGAAUAUGAUGUGAAUGUUGCGACUCGAUGGUAUCGUGCUCCAGAAUUACUUUUUGGAUCGAAAAAGUACAAACCGGAUGUAGAUAUUUGGGCAAUAGGGUGUAUUUUGGCAGAGUUGGUGCGAGGAAAACCUAUUUUUCCCGGAAGAAGUGAGUUGGAGCAGAUUUCCAUAAUUUUCGGAGUUCUCGGAACUCCAAACGAAGACAACUGGCCAAACUGGAGAACAAUGCCUGAUGCAAAUAAAUUGCUAUUUGAGCCGAAAGAGCCGAGGAAUAAUUGGACGGAAAUUCUACUGUGCAAAGAAAUAUCCAACAAUUUCACCGAGUUUUUGGGCUCACAUCUUCAAUUUUUCAAACGAUUAAAAGCCAGUGAACUGUUGAAAGAGCCAUGGAUCAAGCAAGGAUUGCCCCUCGUUGAGCCAAAUUAUCGAAUAUCAAAAAAGAGUACAAGAAGGAAUCAAAGGGAUGCACUACCUCCAUUACAUGUUUUUUUAUAACGGGAUUAGUUUUUAAUAAAUGAAUGUUAAAAUAUGAUAAAUUUAA